UGUACUCAUGUAUAUAUAAUAUUAUGUAUCAGCAAUCAAUAAUAAACCGUGAAAGCAACGAGAGCAAGGAAGGAGAGCUGGGAGUCUCUCUUUUAAAUAGUCGAUUGUCGAACUCCUAAGACAGGGACAUCAGGGAGAAGGCUGACUGCUACGAAAUCACGGAAAUGGGCAGGAGUCCGAGCUGUUCGAGUGAAGGAUUGAACAAGGGUGCAUGGACUGAAAUGGAAGAUAGAAUCCUCAAGAACUACAUCACAGCUUAUGGUGAAGGGAAAUGGAGUACAAUCCCAAAGAAAGCUGGUCAGUAUAUAUAUACGGCUUAAACGAUGCGGGAAGAGCUGCAGGCUUCGGUGGUUGAACUAUCUGAGACCCGAUAUCAAGAGAGGGAACAUCAGCAAGGAUGAGGAAGAGCUCAUUAUCAGGCUGCAUAAGCUUCUCGGAAACAGAUGGUCAUUGAUUGCCGGAAGGCUUCCGGGACGAACUGAUAACGAAAUAAAGAACUACUGGAACACCAUUGCCGGGAAGAGAGUACAGGGAAACCCAUCGAGUCCUUCAACUUCCCGCCGCACGUCUUCCUCGGGUCCUAAGCACACAAAACGUCCUCACAAGAAAGGAUCUGCCAACCAACCGGAGAUGACGACCGAUGUGCAACCCUGCAAUACCAUCGAAUCUCUGGAGCCAGAGAGUGAGAAAGGAAUCGACCCCCAGGCAAUGGAUGCAAAUGGGCCCCAGUCUACAGUCGAUAGAGAUUGUGAGCUCGGAGAUUUCGAACUGGACGAUGGUUUCCUAUUAGACUUUCUCGGUCUCAACAACAUCGACCAAGAAGGCGAUAAUGGGUAUAGUGAAAUUAGGGAAGGGGAUAACGGAAAGAUUAGUCGGCCAUCAUCAUCUCUAAAUUCCGAUGAUGCCUUAAUGUCCCCUGAGCUCAUGCUCUGUGAAUCGGACUUCCAGUCCAUUGCUUCAUUCCUUGAAGGGGGUGAAUUAGACUCGGUUGCUUGAACAUUAAUAAAUGGGAAAAUGAUAUUUUUGGUCCUACAAA